AUGUCGAAUCCAUCCGAUAGGCCAUGGACCGAGGAGGAGAAGUAUUUCCUACUCACCGAGAUCCUCAAAAAGGCCGGUAUCCCAUCCAGUUAUCUGGUUCGCAUGAUCAAUGAGAAUCGCAUUUCACCCAAUUGGGAUCAUAUCCCUCUUCCGCCAGGUCGCACCAUGAGUUCAUGCAGAAUGGCCUAUGAUACCAUGCAAGCCCAUUUCCGUUCGUAUCCACCAGUUGCGACACCCGGGCCCGCCCCAGUCCAGAUACCUCGUCCAGAGGGUAGGGCAUCAGCACCCAUAGAUCCCAACCUGCGCAAAAGACCGAUGUACGACAAUAAACCGCGCGCCAUUCAACCAAGACCACCAGGGCCACCCGCCAGCGUCGCCUCGUAUAGCAGUGAAAGUGGAACCUCGGCCCAGCUCUCGCCACGACUAGAAGGAGUCCCCGGCGAGCCUCCGCGCAAACGAGGCCGCCCCAGCAAACUCGAAACAGAACGCCGUAAAGCCGCCGCCGAAGCUCGCGGGGAGACUUAUCCUCCCCCGAGACGAUCCGGCUCCGGCAGACUCAAGAUCCCGCCGUCUCCUAAUAGCCCUGUCCCACUCGCACCCUACGCACAUCCCGGUCUUUCUCAGACCCAUGGCCCGAAUCCGGGGGGUGUGACUAUUCCGUAUGAUCCUUCGGCUGGUCGUCCAAUUGCCCCUGCGCCAGGUUUACCGGGCCCCGACGAACGCCGGGACGUCCCGACGCGCACCAUGGGUCGAGAAUUGCCCCAAUUGCCCCGCCCCCAAGAACUGGGUCACCCUCUUCCCUCCCCACAUGCGUUGCAACUAGGGCCGCCGGAUGCUAUUCCCCGCUUUGCGAGUAAUCCUGGGACAUAUGGGGUCCCGGAGCGCUUCUCGCCUGAUAGUAGUCGACGGGACUCGGUGACCAGUCGAGGAGAUCCAACUCCAAAAGGACAGGGACCUUAUGACUCACGGGCAAGUUCUACCCCUGGCGAGAACCCUCGAUAG